AUGGCUUCCCGCGGACGUCAGAUGCUUAAACUCCUUCUUCUUGGAGAUGCAAGUGUUGGCAAAACAUCUCUUCUUAACCAAUUCGUUAAUCGCGAAUUUACUAGUUCUUACAAGGCAACAAUCGGCUCAGAUUUCUCAUCUAAACAAUUAGACGUUGACGGUCAUUACGUUACCCUCCAAAUUUGGGAUACAGCCGGACAGGAGCGUUUCCAGUCCCUUGGCCCAACAUUCUACCGUGGUACCGAUUGCUGCAUUCUCGUUUACGAUGUUACAAAACCAGCCUCAUUCGAAAAUAUUAAGAAGUGGCGUAAUGAGUUCUCUCUCCAGCUCGGUCUCUCCAAUGCUUCAGACUUCCCAUUCCUUCUUCUCGGCAAUAAAUCAGAUCUCCCAGAUAAGGCUGUUCAGCCAUCUGCCGCUCGUGAAUUUGCUCAGAUGAAUGGUGAUAUGAUUUUCGAGGAAGUUUCUGCUAAGACAGCAGAAGGCGUUCAGACAGCUUUCGAAGCUAUUGUCAGAAAGGCUCUCGAAAAGGCCCCAGCCCAAGAUUUUGUUCUUCCACAAUCAGUUGUCAAUAUUGAAAAUAAGCCAGCUGAGAAGCAAGGCGGCUGCUGCUAA